ACCCGAUUGAAAGUGAGGCAGAACAGGUUCCUUAUCUUGUUGGCUUUGACUCAAAAGCUGUGUGUGGCAUCAGAAAAUGAACAGUUUAUCAAUGGCACUUCUCCACCCAAAUCUUCUUCCCACUUUCAAUUCCAACAAUCUUACCUUUCCUUCCAUCAAACUCAAACCCUCACUCUCGCACGUGCCUUCUCCAACCCCCACACGCUUCAGUCUCUCUGUUUCCGCGGCGGAAACCACCGCUUUUGCCGCCCCUCCCACUCCCCAACCUGAGAAGCUUGGAGUUGUAGUUAAGCCAACGGAGAAGCCGAGACUUGUGUUGAAGUUCAUAUGGAUGGAGAAGAACAUUGGAAUUGCGCUUGACCAGAUGGUACCGGGCCAUGGCACCAUUCCUCUGAGCCCAUAUUACUUUUGGCCCCGAAAAGAUGCCUGGGAAGAGCUCAAGGAGUUGCUUGAGAACAAGCCUUGGAUCUCUCAGAAGCAGAUGAUUAUUCUUCUCAAUCAGGCCACUGAUAUCAUCAAUUUGUGGCAACAGAGUGGUGGCAACUUAUCCUGAACUCAUUCAUGUGCCAACAUAUUUCAAUGAUGUUUUUCCUUUUCAUGUUAUGUUUUUCUCUUGUACUGCAUUUUCGGCUGUGCUCUUCCUCUUUCUAUGUAUGCCUGGCAUGUGCUUGAUUAUUAUUACUAUCAACUAAUCCAUAAAUUCUUUCUCGUGAUUCAUUA